UUUUGAGGAAACGUUUCGCACAUUUUUUUUAAGACUUUGUAAAUGAAUAAGUGUGUGGGGCAGGCACAAAAACGUCGUUAGAUGAUUUCAGUAAGUAAAUCAAGUCAAGAUGAUUUGGUGCGCUCAUCAUCGUCGUGUCGUCACGAGUGAUGCUGAGCGCGCGGGUGGGGCCUGGAUGGAGAGCAAGGUGCUGGCGCUCGCGACGCAGGCUGCCUGCCUGCCUGCCUUGCCUACGCUGUGUUUCACUGAGCGGGGACUCUGCGGCCGGCCUCCGCCUGCACGCCGCCGCGGGCCAAGCGCGCGCCGCCGCAGAGGAUGAACGCAGCGGCUGACGUCGUCCUCCUCGUCUCCUAUCGGCCUUUUGUCUCGCUGCGCCUCGACGGGAGCUUCGGCCCCGCUUUGGCUGCUGGGUCUUCGACUUGCGCUGCUUUCGCCGCGAUGUGACGCGCGCGUUGCCUGCCGAUCGUGCGCGCGCCAUCCAGAGCAAAAUGACGAGCGACGCGCAGGAAAUGUCGCCCGACUUCGUGCUCAUGCGCCUGGUGUCCGCCGCCGAGGAAGACCGCCCGGAUGCAGAGAGCGGCCCCGCGCCGCCGGGGGGGGUCGUGGUGGCGGGGCUGGGCCGGGAAGCGCUGGCUCACAAAGCAGCCUUGGAGCUUAGCCGAGACGCGGGCCUCGAGCGGAACAAAGCCCCGGCCUCUUGCGGCCCGGCUGCACCUGACGGCGGCGACGGCAGAGGACCACCGUGUGCGCCUCCUCGGCCUCAGAGCCCCGCGCAGACUCCGGGAUGCGAGUUCGGCUCUGGUCUGCGUCCUCAGCUGCUGGUCUUCUCGGACUUUGUGCGGAAUAGGGACGGAAUCUUAGAACUCAACCAGCAGAGGACUCCGCUGGGCUUGGACCUACAGAGUCCGGGCUCGGGGGCCGGUUGCUCUGAACCGACCCUCGGUAACAACGCUCGGACCCCGGAAGAGGUCCGGCAACAGCAGGAUCGACUGGACAGAAUCUGGGGGACGUGUCCUCCGGUCCCUCGGUCCACGGAGCCGCAAGGAUCUGCAGAAGUGUGCCACGGACACCGACUGCUGUCCAACCCGCCCGAGUGGCCUUCGCCGUCCUCGCCGUCGGGGGGUUCCACCCCGCUGGCCGUCAUCGACCCUGGAUGGACCUGCGCCGGCCGGGACCGGGAAGGAGCCGUGUUGGAGUUGGCCCGGAGGUUCGGGGAGCUGGGGGUGGGCGCGGUACCAAAGAUGCUCCUCAAAGCGGGCGAACUCCCUCAUUGCGCGUGUCAGGGGGCGCACGCGCCGGGUGAGGAGAAUGCCGACGACCCGGCCGUCACCAGCGACGCUCUGCUCGUUCUGGAAGGGCUCGGCAGCGACGAGGUGGCCGGGCUGGGCUUGCAGGACCGGAGUCCGGAUGACAAGGAACGGCACCGGCACUUUUUAGUCGGCACGAAAGCAGACCUGGACGGCAAAAUGCCUUCUUUCCGGGCGGAAGUGACAAUGGAGGAGGUCAGCGAUGAGACGACCCGAGCUGCCAACCCGGUUUCGCAGAACUCCCCACAGGCCUCCACCCUCCGCAGGAGACCGGAGAGGUCCGCUAGUGCCCCACGGACCCCCUGCGGGGCGACCAAGACGCUGAGGGUGGCCGCCUUGGCCGCCAGGUCCAAGAAGGGCUCGCUGAGGGUCCGCCUGAGCAGAUUAUUCCGCACCAAGAGCUGUAGCGGCUCCACGCACCUGCUGGACCAGGACUGCAGGAACCCCAUCGGGACCCUGGCAGACGCGCACAUGAGCGCCUCUGGACCUGCGCUGGACUCGGACAGCGUGGAUCACGAGGCGGCCGGGAGCAGCGGCAGCAGCGGCGGGCUGAACCGGGCCCACGGUGCCUUCUGUCCCGCCUCCCUCUCGGCCUUCACCGGGGAGACGGUGUCUCUGGUGGAUGUGGACAUCUCCCGGCGAGGGACCACCAACACCACUCACCCGCCCACACCGCCGCCUCCACCACGGCGAAGUCUCAGCCUUUUAGACGGCAUCUCGGGUCCCCAGUCGGGUGGCUUCCUGUUGAGCGUGAUGGGUGCGUCCUUGCAGUCCCUCCCCCUGCCACUCCCCCCUCCCGCUCCUCCCUCGCACGCCACCAUGCAGCACAGCCUCAGCCUCAACGACGCUUUCCUGCGAGCGCUUCCUCACGUCAACCCAGCGCAGGCCGACACGCCGCCCGCCUCCAGGCAGGCGCCGCCGUCCGUCCUCUGCGCCCUCCGCAGGUCCGAAGCCAGCAACUUCACCGCCAGCCUCCGAGAGCUGGAGAAGUGCGGCUGGUACUGGGGUCCGAUGAACUGGGAGGACGCGGAGAUGAAGCUGAAGGGCAAACCCGACGGAUCGUUCCUGGUCCGAGACAGUUCCGACCCAAGAUACAUCCUCAGCCUCAGUUUCCGCUCGCAGGGCGUCACGCACCACACGCGCAUGGAACACUACCGUGGCACAUUCAGCUUAUGGUGUCACCCCAAGUUUGAGGACCGCUGCCACUCGGUGGUGGAGUUCAUCGAGCGCGCCAUCAUGCACUCCAAGAACGGAAAGUUCCUCUACUUCCUGCGAUCCCGAGUACCAGGCCUUCCUCCAACGCCAGUGCAACUUCUGUAUCCCGUGUCCCGCUUCAGCAACGUCAAGUCCCUGCAGCACCUUUGCAGAUUCUGCAUCCGGCAAACCGUGCGCAUCGAUCACAUCCAACAACUUCCACUACCCAGGUCGCUGGUGUCCUACCUAAGUAAGUUUUAUUACUACGACCCCGAGGAGGAGAUGUACCUGUCGAUCAAAAGCAUCCGGGCGGCGCUGGAGGUGCACACAUAGCACAAAUAACGACAACAUCAACGCGCCACGUGGAGGCCUGAGUGUCGGCCAGAAGGAGGACCUGCUCCCGCUGCAGCUUCUCUCGGCUCUUGUUGUUCCUGCGCGGACUGCCGCCGAGCCAGUGUUCAGGAGAAGCUUGGCGUUGUCCUUCCUUCCUCGAAGCUCCGUUAGGAGAGCAAAGGGCAGAUGGACGCUAAAGUGCUUUUCGCUUUGAUUGUUUCUGUUUGGACCGGUCCUCCCUUUUCUCUGCAGCCUUCUCUUUCUCUCUUUCUGUCCAAUGUGAUGAUGGUGGCUUCAGGAUGCUCUCAGGGCAGACAUGCCCACACAACAUGCUGUAUUUGUUGUCUCAAUGCAAGGAGACCUCAGAAAGUCACUCAGCAGUGGAAAAAAAGCGUAUUGAGCAGGAUGUCACUCAUUUUGCAUUUUAGGGUGAAUUUUGCCAUUCGCCGGAGUUUGAAGAAUUUGCCCUCGAAACUAGUUUCGGUGAUUUUUUUAAACAACGCGAUCAGAAGCGGAGGAAGCUUGCAUUGUUUGACUGGAGGUUCCAGUAUAUGAUGUCAUUGUUUGAUUUUGUAAAGUUGACUUUUCCCAUCAUCCCUUGCUGCAAGACAAUUUGUGUGCGUGCGCUUAUGCGUGCACGUGUGUCUGCCCUGAGUCGUCUUCAUGUGUUGAAAUGUGGUUUGCUCAUUGUGUUUCUCACAACAUGGCGGCUCUUUUUUAAGUCAACAUAAAAGAAAAAUGCAAACUUG